AUGCCGCGCAGACGCAGACCCCCCAGGGCCGGCGCCCUCCACGAGCUGCAGCCGCUGCGCACCGCGGCCCAGAUCGCCGUGCUGCAGCUUCUCUUUUACGCCGUCGCGCUCGUCCUCAUCGUCUUCACCUCGCUCGUCGCCGGCCAGCCCUUUGGCCUGGACCUGGUGCUCGGGUGGGAAGCGGUGCGGGCCGACAACACCCAAGGCUGGCUGAUGGCGUUUGUCUGGCUCUUUGACGGUUCUUUUUGCAUGGCCGUCGCCAUUGUCAUCCUCAUUGCUCGCAGCAAGCUCGUUCCCGACUUUGCCCUCACCGUGCACGCCCUCCACCUCGUCGUCGUCACGCUCUACACGCGCUCGCUCCCGCGCCACGCCAUGUGGUGGCUCACCAUGGCGGCCUCGUCCGCCGCGGCCGUCGGCCUCGCCACCUGGGGCUGCCGCUACCGCGAGCUGCAGCCCGUCUUCUUUGGCGGCCGCAUCCUCGGCGCCGGCGACGGCCGCACCGCCAGAGCGAGCUCCCCACCGCCAGAGCGCGCCGCCGGCAGCAGCAGCAGCAGUCGGACGGCGGAUCUGGAAGCGGGCCACGGCCCGGGCGGCGACGACGAGACGGGCUUCGUGCAGGGUGCGCGCGGCAAGGGCCGCGGCAGAGACGGGCAGGGCGAGUACGAAAUGGUGCAGAUGAAGACGGCGUCAUGA